AUGGCCGGCAACCGCAGCAAUUUCGCCGGAGCUGAGAUCCACCAGCCGUUCGAGCACUUCUUCAAGGCGAUAUCACCGGAAACAGUCCAAAACAAGAAAAUGAUGCUUCCGGAGAAGUUUGGGCUCACUUUCAGGGGCAAGCUUCCUACACAGGCGAAGCUGAAAGUACCAAACGGCAAGGUUUGGACUGUUGGGUUGACGAGAGAGAGGAACCCAAACAGAGUGUGGCUGGACUCCGGGUUCGGAGAUUUCCUCGAUUACCACUCCGUCAUGGCACAAUACUUGCUCAUGUUCAAGUAUGAUGGCCGCUCCAGCUUCAACGUAGUCAUUUGCGACACCACAGCCUGCGAGGUUGUCUUUCCCAGGGCGUACCCUCAGGCUUCUUCUGAUCAAGAAGACAGCGACAUGGACGACGAUUCUGAGUUUAACGCCGACGAGCCCAGUGAAGAGGAGGAAGAAGAAGAAGAAGAAAUCAGCGAUUCCAAUUCUGACAGUGAAGAGGGGUUCGUUCUCGGCGCCAAUGACAAAAGCAAACAAGCGGAGGAUGGAAAUCGCCGCGGUGGGUCUGCCUCUGGGUCUCGCCGGAGGGUGACCAAACCAGAUGCCGGCAACGAUCGUGCAGCAGGAAAUGGUGCUUCAGGGUCCCGGCAACGGUCCUGGAAACGUCCAAAUGCAGCCACAGGGAGGGACAGGGUUCUGUGGAGGCGGCUGGAAGCGUCAAAGAUCGCCACAUCAACCAAAUUCAAGAACAGUAUCAAGGACUUGUCUCCAGGGAGCAAGAGAGCAGUGGAGAGAGCCAUUUGCAGCAAGACAAGGAACCCUUCUGCAUUGGUGGUCAUGAUGAAAUUCCAUAUCUAUCCAGGGUUCAUGUACCUUCCAAAUAAGUUUGCAAAGACCCACUUUCCUAGAGACCGGGAAGAGGUGACCCUUCGUGCCUGUGAAGAUAAGAGGGCAUCCGGGUGGGAAUUGCAGGUUUAUGGCAACAGAAACGAUAAGAAUGUCUUCUUUUUCAGAGAAUGGGGCAGGUUUCGCUGUGUUAAUGACUUAGUCGAGGGAGAUGCUUGUUUGCUGGAGCUCAUCCACGAGAAGAAGAAGAAAGUUGUCAAUGUUCAUAUUUUUAGGGCUUGACGACUCCUCGGUGGGGAUUUAGUGGGUGUUACAAUGUAG